AAAUCAGUGGCAGUGGCAGACCAGUCGAGGAAAGCAUUCGGGAUGCGAACCCGAUACUGAUCAUGUUUCAGAGUAGUUGUGUCUGGAAAGGUCUAUUCAUUUCGCUUAAUGUCGGGUAGACUGUCAUUUAUCAUAUGUGCGUGAUUGUCAGUAACACAAUUUAGCAUAAGAAAUUCUCAAAACGGUGCUAUUAGCCAGAUUGCUACAGCGGUAUGCGGUGAAAAGAAACACCCGGGUGUGACGGAUAUUGAGCAAUUCAUCCUCACAAAUCAAGCCUGGUGCCUUGGCCUUUCCGUUAAAGCGGGUUCUUUGAAGAGGGCAUUCCAACAACUUAGAAUGUUUCUACAAAAGAAAAGUGCGCUGCUGUUCGGAAAAGCGCCUUGUCGCAAAUGAUGUGAGCUUUGGCCCACCACCACCUCCACCACCACCGCUACCGUCGCCUGCAGCCCCCCUCCAACAUGAGUGAGGUCCAGGCCACCGUAGAGUUCUCUGUGGAGCUUCACAAGUUCUACAAUGUGGAUCUGUUUCAGAGAGGAUUCUACCAGCUCCGCGCCAGUCUGAAGGUACCGCCGCGGGUCCCUCACAGAGUGGAGGCCAGCCUGCUCCAUCCCUCAGGGUCAGACUUGGCCUUCCCCGCCAGCGUUCAAGAUGAUGUCAUCUGCAGCAAGACCUUCCAGAUUCUCUACAAGAACGAGGAGAUAGUGGUCAACGACGUGCUUAUUUUCAAGGUCAUGAUGCUUCUGGACGAGAGGAAGGUGGAGGACUCCCUAAAUGAUAUGGACUUCCAGCUCAUUCUGGAGCUGCACUUCACAGAUGGUGACUACUCGCCUGAGGACCCUGGGACCCUGCAAAGCAUCAGCAGCCGGACACUGCGCUUGCACUUUAGCCUGCAGCGAGGCAUCCAUCAGCAUAUCAACGUCAUGUUCGACUAUUUCCACCUGUCCGUCAUCUCCGCGGUGGUGCACGCCUCCCUGGUGGCCCUGCACCAGCCCCUUAUCAGCUUUCCCCGGCAUGUGAAGAGUACAUGGCUGAACCGAAACGCGCCGGCACAGAGCAAAGACUCCCUCAUCCCCCCUCUGGAGAAUGUGGUGUUUGGCAGCAGCUAUGUCAAGCAGUUAUCCCCUGAUGGGAAGACGUUCCUGGUGUCUGAUCACUGCCUGCAGCACGCCUUCAACCUGCACCAGAGCUUGUGUGCCAGCCUGCUGCUGGCCUACCAGGGUCUCUUCUCCUACUUCUCCACCGUCACCAAGGACCUGCCCUCCUCCCACCGCAUGGAGCUAGCCAAGCCCAGCAUGCAAGUCCUUUAUGAAAGAGUUCUCAGAAGACCUUACCCCCGCGGCCAAAGGCACGUCACCAUAGAGAAACUUGACGUGGAGGCCCGUCUCACCGAACUUUGUGACCAAGUGAAGAAGAGAGCAGAGAGUCCAGAUGAGUUGGCGGAGCUGGUGAACAUGAACCUGGCCCAGCUGUGCUCUCUGCUCAUGGCGCUGUGGGGUCAGUUCCUGGAGGUGGUGUCCCUGCACGAGAGCAUCGCCGCCCUGCUGGCCAUGGACCAUCACACGCUAAGGGUCCGAAGAUUUGCUGAGGCUUUCUUUUGCCUGGAACAUCCGCGCCAAACCGCGCUCGCCUACCAGGAACUGCACGCUCACAGCCACCAACAGAUGACUGCCGCCAUUAAAAGCUCCUCCUACUUCCUGUCACUGCCGCCACUGCCUGUCGAGUGUGCCGACCUGGACGGAGAUGUCAAUUCGCUGCCAAUCAUCUUUGAGGACCGCUACCUCGACUCGGUCAAGGAGGAUCGUGACGGCCCUUGGCUAGGGAUGCCUAACGCCCGUAGAGGGUCCGUAUCAGGGAGGUUGGACCGGUCCAGCUCGCGGGACAUGAGUGGUGCCAGUGGCACAGGUCUCCUGAGCCCGACCCCCGAGCCGCGGCACGGCGCCCUGGACACCACCUGGCCCGAGCCCACGGCCGAGCUGCAGCCGCUCAAGUGCAAGGCCAAGUCCAUCAAGCUGAAGAAGAACACCAAGACGGAGAACUCCAAGAAGCUGGUGCGCCAGAGCUCCAAGGACUUGGUCAUCCUCACCGGCUACAAGCACCUGAAGCUGCCACCCUCACACUCCUCUGCCGCCGAGCCCCUGGCCAAGCCCCCCCGGGAGUGGUCAGCGUCGACAGCGGGGGAGGGUGUUGGUGGACGAGAUGGGGAGGAGAGAGAAGGUCACCACCACCACCACCACCACCACCUCCUCCCUGGGGACGGCAGAAACAGUUCCCGGAUCAGCGUCAAACACGCUCCCACGCUGCCCGACCCGGCGGGGGAGGCCGAGUGCCAAACGGACGGCGGCUGCCUAAGGGACGACUUCACCAACCUGCUGCGGCCCGCGGCGGGCGCCCACGGCAGGCCCCAGGCAGGUCCUGGAGCCGCAGCCCCAGUGGCGGGCGCGGAGGGCGGAGUGGCCGUGCCCCGUGGUGAGGCGCCGCCGCCCGCAGCAGCAGCAGCAGCAGCAGGGGGCCACAGCGGGGGCCUCCGGCACAUUGAUGUGAAGCCCAGCGACAAGGACCCCUACCAGGGCGAGAAGGUCACCGUGCUCUCACCGGGCCGGCUAGCGGGGCUGCUGCCAGAGAUCACACAGUCGCACUGCAGCCCUGAGGUCCAGCCCUCGCAAGGCGGUGGGGUGGAGGGGGCAGCGGCGGCAUCAUCAGAAGCAGCAGCAGCAGCAGCAGGCGAGGGCGGUGGUCCAGCACUGGGCGCUAAGAGCGACUGCAUCCAGCUGCCCGGUGGACCUUCGUCACGCCUCUCGGACUCGGGCAUCGAGAGCGAGCCCAGCUCGGCCACACAGCUGGCACCGGGGCCGCAGGCGAAGGCCGACACCACGGAGCCCGUCUGGGUCCCCCAGCAGCAGCAGCCGGCGUCGGAGAAGCCGCCCAGGCCUGUGUCCACCGUCAGGCCACUGCAGGCGCUCACAGCGGGAGCCAAGGGCCCUGACGGAGGAGGAGGAGGCGGCCUCUGCCCAGAGACGACGAGCGGCGUGAGUGACGUCCAGUCCUCGCUUACGUCCAUCACCUCGCUCCCGUCCGACGAAGAGCCCGAGAGCGAGCCCGUCGGGAGGAAGUCCAGCGUGCUGGUGCAGGAGCAGAGCCUGGUGUUCUCGGCCGACCCUGACCCCUGGGAGCCGGUCAGCAGCAGCGCUCACGCCCCCAACAACCCCCUGUGCCCUGCCACCACCACCGCCCAGCGCUCCACCCUGGCCAGUCUGGGGGACGAGUCUGUGUUCCUGGACUCGCCUUCGACCGGCGCCCCCUGUGGGGCUGCAGCAGCAGAACCGUCUGCAUCUGCGUCAGCGUCCACUGCCGCGGGAGGGGCCCAGUCCAGCGCCUCAGGCACCAGCAGUACGGACAUGGUGAAGCGCGGCCUGGUGGAGAACCACUUCGGCUCGCGCUCCAGCACCGACGUGUCCGAGAUCAGCCCCGUCGAGUCGUCCGCGGUCACUCUGGGCGUCCGACCUUCUGGCCUGUCCGCCACCUCCACCACCACCCUCGUCCCCGCAGCGGCUGCCGGAGCCAACGAGGAGGACGAGGGCGAUGAUGAAGAGGAGCCGGAACACGACAUCGAGAACGGUUACUACGAGGAGACGGACGCCCCGGCCUACGUCAACGGGAUGGAGGGGGCGGAGGAGAGCGGCGAGGAGGGGAGGAGCCUGCUCUAUGACCAGGUGGGAUUGGAGAACCUGCCGGAGACGGGCAGCUCCCUGCACCAACCGCCCGUCUGCUGUCGGGCUGUUGUCCCGCCCCUCACCACCACCACCAGCAGCAGCAUGCGCUGGUAUGAGAACGUCCCUGAAGCUCACAUGAAUGCGUUUGUGCAGGCCAAAGAGGAGCUGAAGCUGCUGAAGCUGCCGGGCUUCCUGUACAGUGAGGUGGCGGAGCUGGCCUCCACCAUGCCCUACUUCAGCCUGGAGGAGGACGACAGCACCGACGAGGGCGUCCACCUGGUGGUCUGUGUCCACGGCCUGGACGGAAACAGCGCAGACUUGCGCCUGGUGAAGACCUACCUGGAGCUGGGAUUGCCUGGCUCUCACAUAGAAUUCCUCAUGUCCGAACGCAAUCAGAAUGACACCUUUGCUGAUUUUGAAUCAAUGACUGACCGGCUGUUGGAUGAAAUUGUGCAGUAUAUUCAGAUCUACAAUUUAACUGUCUCAAAAAUCAGCUUCGUGGGUCACUCCCUGGGGAACCUGAUCGUGCGCUCGGUGCUGACAAGGCCCAGGUUUAAGUGUUACCUGAGCCGGCUGCACACCUUCCUGUCUCUGUCGGGCCCUCACCUGGGCACGCUGUACAACAGCUCUGCCCUGGUCAACACAGGCCUGUGGUUCAUGCAGAAGUGGAAGAAGUCGGGUUCUCUUCUCCAGCUGACCUGCCGGGAUCACUCAGACCCACGCCAAACCUUCCUGUACAAGCUCAGCAAGAAAGCAGGGCUCCAGUACUUUAGGAACGUGGUACUGGUGGGCUCUCUGCAGGACCGCUACGUCCCCUAUCACUCAGCUCGCAUUGAGAUGUGCAAAACCGCCUUAAAGGACAAGCAGACAGGUCCGGUAUAUGCCGAGAUGAUUGAAAACCUGCUGCUGCCCGUGCUUCAGAACAAAGAGUGCAACCUGGUGCGCUACGAUGUCAUCCACGCACUGCCCAACACCGCCAAUUCGCUGAUCGGCCGAGCAGCACACAUUGCCGUGCUGGACUCAGAGAUCUUCUUGGAGAAGUUCUUCCUGGUCGCUGGCCUCAAGUUCUUUCAGUAGAGAUUGUUUGGAGGUGGGAAGGAGGCAGGACUUCGAGUUGUUACCUCACAGCACAGCACCCUAAACAAAAAGACAUUCAGCGCAAGUCACAUAAUUUUUUUUAUAAUUUUUUUUUUUUAAGUAUGGUAUUUUCUUUUUUGUUUCCUUGUAGGAGGCAAAAAGAAAACAAAUGACAGUAUAUCAGUGUUUCUGUUUCUUAAACUGUUUUGUUGUUUUAUCUUUCAAUAGUUGGUGCAUUGUGAAUGUGGAAUUCUCAUUUUUAUUUUUCUACUGCCAUUUUUCUUUUUUUUUAAUGGAUGAUUUUAAUCAUUUUAAAGUACUGUCAAGGUAAUGCUAUGGUCUCUUCAUUUUAUUGUGGUAUUUUCAGUGUUAUUUAUGUAUAAUUAUAUUUUGCCAGUUUUGUUCCACAUUUUUUUUAUUCAAUUACUCAAGGUUAUUGCUGAACUGGAAAUGUAGCUGCUAAACACAUAAAAUAUUUAUUUUGCGGGAGGUGAACCAAGUCUGCUCUGUACAUCACAGAGAGGACCCAUUUCACUCAAAACAAAUUAUUUCACUUUUUUUUAUUAUUUUUCAUCAGACUGCAGACAAAGAGAGUGAGAGUAGAUUUUUUAUGACACUCGUCAUUUUUACUACUCACGUUUUUUACAAUCCAUUUUUUACAUCACAAAAGACAUGCUUCCAGAUGAAUUCAGAUGAUUAUUGAUUGUAGCUUCGAAGCAGCAGUCUGGAGCUGAGCUAUGGUGUUUUCGACACCGUCGCUCCGAGCAGCUGCUGCUUCACGCACAACACUAACCCAGCCUGGUGUUGGGGGAGAGACCCUUGAAUUUGGAGCAUGGUAACUAUUUCACUACAGGGAUCAUCGGGUAACAAUAGGCCAAGUGUCAGAUCUUUCAUACAGCACAAAGUGAUCAAACAAAAUGGUUUAUGGAAAGUAUUUAUGUUUGGUAUCUGGGGUGAAAAUUUAUUUAUGCUUGUAAACGAGAAAAUGGUAUUUUAAAUAAAAGAAAUAAAUUUCUCA